ACGAUAAAACGUAGGUGUGGUGGGAACGUAGCGGACGCUGUUGAAUGAAAAUCUUCAGUUGUUGGUACCUUUCUCUCUUUCUCUUUCACACUCACUUUCUCACUUGUUAAUUCUCGCGAGGAAUCAAUCUUCACACUUCACUGUGUAUCCACUGUAACUAGUUUCAACAUACCUAUUGCAAGCAGAACCUGUCCACAAUGUUUCUUAGUUUUUGUUCUAUCUGCAAAACUUGAUCAACUAGGACUCAUUCACCAUCGUUAUACAUCAUUUUCCUACUUCGAUCAUGGCUUCACUUCUGAAUACUGUGUCACCAGCUGCAAAUUUAUCCCCCAAAACCAAACGACCCACUUGUGGCGGUUUCUUGCACUCCCAGGUUCCGAAUCUUCACACUUUUUCCAUGAACAAGGGUUUUUCUAGGGUUUCGGCUUCGACCCAGAUUGCCAUUACCCCAAAAGAUGCGGUUUUUAAUCUCCCCAAUUGGAGAGGUGGGAGGAAUGACCCUAGGGACAGAGAGUUAAGGGUCUAUGAUGCAUUUCUCCAUUUAGAGUAUUUGGUGGGUAAGGGCCAAAAGCCAGAGGUGACUCAAGCAACUCAGCUUUUGUAUGAUCUUUGCAAGUUUAACAAAGCUAGAAAGGCUGUUAAGGUGAUGGAUAUGAUGGUUGAUUCAGGUAUUAUACCUGAUGCAGCCUCUUAUACAUACUUGGUCAAUUUUCUAUGCAGGAGAGGCAAUGUUGGGUAUGCUCUUCAGUUGGUUGAGAAGAUGGAGGGGCAUGGUCUUCCAACUAAUACUGUUACCUAUAACACUCUUGUUAAAGGCCUUUGCAUGCAUGGUAACUUGAAGCAGAGCUUGCAGCUUUUGGAUAAGUUGAGAAAGAAGGGCUUGGUUCCAAAUGCAUUCACAUUUUCUUUCCUUCUCCAAGCUGCGUACAAGGAAAGGGGAGUGGAUGAGGCCAUGAAGCUUCUUGAUGAGAUAAUUGCCCAGGGUGGAGAGCCUAAUUUGGUUAGUUACAAUGUGCUGUUAACUGGGUUGUGCAAGGAAGAGAGAACUGAAGAAGCUAUCAGGCUUUUCAGGGAAUUGCCUGCAAAAGGGUUCAGUCCUAGUGUUGUGAGUUACAACAUUUUGCUGAGGAGCUUGUGCUAUGAAGGGCGGUGGGAGGAAGCUAACGAACUUCUUGCAGAGAUGGAUAAAAGGGACCAGUCUCCCUCGGUGGUCACUUACAACAUAUUGAUUACUUCACUUUCAUUUCACGGAAGAACAGAACAAGCUUUUCAGGUUUUGGAUGAAAUGACAAGGAGUGGAUUCAAGGUGAGUGCUACUAGCUAUAAUCCGAUUGUUGCACGACUCUGCAAGGAAGGGAAAGUGGAUCUUGUUGUUCAAUGCAUAGACCAAAUGAUUCACCGGCGUUGUAAUCCUAAUGAUGGAACGUACUGUGCUGUUGCAAUGCUGUGUGAGCAAGGUAAAGUACAGGAGGCUUUCUUUAUAAUCCAAAACUUGAGUAAUAAACAAAGCAACCCCAUGCAUGAUUUUUACAAAAACGUGAUUGCAAGCCUGUGUAGGAAAGGGAACACAUAUGCAGCCUUUCAGAUGUUAUACGAAAUGACAAAGUAUGGAUUUACUCCAGAUUCCUUUACUUAUUCAUCUAUGAUAAGAGGAAUGUGUAGGGAGGGAAUGCUAGAUGAGGCUCUUAAGGUAUUCAGGAUUUUGGAAGAAAAUGACCACGUUCCUAAUAUUGAUAACUACAACGCACUUAUACUUGGAUUUUGCAAAGCUCGGAGAACAGACAUAUCAAUAGAGAUAUUUCUGAUGAUGGUUAACAAAGGAUGUGUGCCUAAUGAGAAUACCUAUACCAUUAUUGUGGAAGGACUUGCUUUUGAAGAGAAGACAGAUAUAGCUGCAGACCUGUUGAAAGAGUUGUGUGGGAAGGAGGUUCUGAGCCAAAGUACUGUUGAAAGGCUUUGUAUGCAAUUCGACUUCAAGGAAUUAAUAGCAGCAGAAUAGUGACAUAUACCCCUAACAGAAAGUAGGUAGGCCUAUGACUGCCUUCAGAUAUGAAUGGAGUUUUCUCAGCUUGUUUUGUCCUUUUAGAUUGUUAAUUAGGUAAGUAAAACAAGUUACCAAAUGCUUGCAAUUUUGAUUGAACAUAGUGUCUAGAGAUGAAUAAUGAAAAGGCUCAAGCAGAUAAUAUAAUGCUGAUUGCAUUCUCUCCCUUGCUUUAGAUU